AGCCAGCCAGCCACUGCCGCCCGCCCUUCUUAAGCCGCCAGAGAGCGAGCGAGGAGGACGGACCGACGGCAAGCGAGGCUGCGCCGCCGUCCGCUUUUGUUUCUUCCCCCCGCGCUCCCAGGCGAGGAGCUGGGAAUGCCGAGCGGGUUGCAAAGGUGAGGGCGCGCCGCCUGCCUCCGCCCGGGCUGGCGUGUCCCCGCGCGCCUUCUCCACGCGCGCGCGCGCCCCCCACAUGCAGACACGCGCGCGGCGGCGGCGGCGGGGGGGCGAGCGGGAGCAGGAGGCGAAGAUGGCAAUGUCCGUGAUCCAAGCGUGCCGCAGCCUGGCUCUCUCAACAUGGCUGCUUUCCUUUUGUUUCGUGCAUCUGCUGUGCCUGGAUUUCACCGUGGCCGAGAAAGAGGAGUGGUACACGGCCUUCGUGAACAUUACUUACCCGGAUCCUGGCGCGGGUGGCGGCGGCGGCGGCGGCGGCGCAGGCGGGGAGUUGCGUAGCGAGAAGACCGAGUGCGGCCGCUACGGGGAACACUCGCCCAAGCACGACGUCUGGGGCCAGGUGGUGAUGACCUCGGCGGCCGCCGACCGGCUAGCCUGCGACCCCAACGCCAGGUUCGCCGUGCCCGGGCCCGGCAAGAUCUGGAUCGCGCUCAUCCCCAAGGGGAACUGCACUUACAAGGAUAAGAUCCGGCACGCAGCCGCGCAAAAUGCCUCGGCCGUGGUCGUCUACAACGUGGGCUCCAGCAACGCCAACGAGACCACCACCAUGCCCCCCGCAGGUACAGAAGAUGUUGUAGCAAUAAUGAUCCCUGAGCCAAAGGGGAAAGAGAUAGUGAGUCUGCUGGAGCGAAAUAUUACGGUGAUGAUGCAUAUAACAAUUGGAACCCGAAACCUACAGAAGUACGUUAGCCGAACCUCUGUGGUAUUUGUCUCCAUCUCCUUCAUUGUGCUGAUGAUCAUCUCCUUGGCAUGGCUAGUCUUCUACUACAUUCAGAGGUUCAGAUAUGCAAAUGCUAGAGACAGAAACCAGCGCCGUCUCGGAGAUGCUGCAAAGAAAGCAAUCAGCAAACUGCAGGUCAGAACAAUAAGGAAAGGAGAUAAGGAAACUGAACCCGAUUUCGAUAACUGUGCAGUAUGUAUUGAGGGUUACAAACCGAACGACGUUGUCAGGAUCUUGCCCUGCCGGCACCUCUUUCACAAAUCUUGUGUAGAUCCAUGGCUACUAGACCAUCGCACCUGCCCUAUGUGUAAAAUGAACAUCUUAAAAGCACUAGGGAUUCCGCCCAAUGCAGAUUGUGUAGAUGACAUACCUCCAGAUUUUGAAGCUUCUAUAGGAGGGCCACCAACUAAUCAGAUUACAGGAGCAAGUGAUAUAACUGUGAAUGAAAGCUCUGUAGCACUGGAUCCUCCUGUCCGGACAGUUGGAGUACUACAAGUCAUCCAGGAUGCAGACCCUCUUCCACAGACUGGGGAAAAUAACCUCAACACAAGCAGUGAGCAGGAGCCAGCCAUCAGUAGCGAUUCAGAUAUCUCAUUGAUCAUGGCAAUGGAGGUUGGACUCUCUGAUGUAGAGCUUUCUACUGACCAAGACUGCGAAGAGGUGAAAUCCUGAAAAAGCAGAUCAAAAGACCCUUCCACUAAACUAAAGGGCAGUAGUGGGGAGGGGAAGGAAAAGAAUUAAGUUCUGUCAGAUUUGGACCACUGGUGUACACAUGCAUUCUCAUUCACACAUGUACACACACGUAACCAUACACACGUCCAGAACGUUUUGUGAACUCCAGUACACUCCAUUCUAGGAUGGUCAUGAAAAGCAAUAGCAACAGACGUGUCUGCUUGGAUGCAAUUUCAUCAUUAACUCGGUGUGUCCAUUUCACUGACACUGGAAGGUGAUCAGAAGAGUUAUUCACCUUCUUGGUGGUUCGUAACGAUGUAACUGAAAUGACAGCUGGUGUGUUUUCUACCUUUCUUCAGUCCCUGGUUGUUGUUGUUUUUUUAAACAGAAGAAAGCACUCAAAGGUGAUUAUUUAUAGCUUGUUUCAGAUGGACAUGUCUUUCUUCCUCUCAACACCCCCCCUUGCUUUUUCAAAAGUUCAGCCCAGAAAUCUGAAUAAUUUUGUGGAUGAAGCUUUGGAAAGAAAUGUUGCUUCAGAGCAGUGUCUUGGUCUGAAGCUUCUUUUCAUUGUGGUUUUAGUGGGACUUGGAGAUCUGUGCUUCCAGGUCUCCCAGCCAGGAGAUAGGUGACUGGAUUUACUGAAGUUGGUGACUUUCUACUUAAUGUUAUUAGUUCCCAUUCAGAGUUUCAUGGCUUGCACAUAAGAUACCAAGUGAGAGAAGAUGAAGAUGAAGAUGAUAAUAAUGGGAUUAAAAGUCAGCCUGUUUUUGCAGCCUAUUUGCUAUAUUUUAUGUCAUCACAAAUCUCUCAUUCCUUAAUGGUCUUCCCUAUGAUUGGUGUGUAAUGAGAUUCACUUUUUUUCUUCUUCUUCGGAGGUAUUUCACUCAGAUUUCCUUCUGGCCAUCAGAGCACUGAAGUUCAUUGAAACUGUUUGUGGUAAGGGGAAAAGAGAACAGAAAUUACUGGAAGUGUGGGGGAAGGAGCUAGGUGUUGUGGGCCAUAAUAGGAAAGUUACAAAUGGACUGAGGCUAUUUAAAAAAAAAAAAAUUGCAUAACCACCUUUACCACCACCAACACUCUAGUUCACACUUGCUUCCUCUGUUCAUAGGUGAAAACUCUUCCUAUUUCCAAGGUCCCUUUCAGUCAAUAGGGGUAAGAAUGUGCACACACUACAUCAAAUGUACAGCUCUGUGCUCAUUCUGUUAGAGGAAGGGCCAAUCCUCCAAUUCAGGAAGAGGACAUGUAUUCAUGGGUGACAGCAAAAGCACACCAGGACUGAGACUAUUCCCUGCAUAACCUUUAGUCAAAUGAAAAACUAGGACACUCAGACCUGCAUUGAAGCAAUUCACUAGUGUGCGCAAACAGUGGGAAAGAGGCUCAGAGGCACUGAGGCACUUUUACUGGCAUGUGUGAAAAGAUACUCUCACCAAGUGUUCUGUUGUUCUUCCUGGUAUGGAAGUCAACUCUUGCUCCCUGGCUUCUGAACUCACUUGGACGUAGAUCCUCAGUGGGUGAAAGAAAAUGAUGAGGCUCUUCUUUCCAUGUCAUAUUUUUGAAUUGUAAUAGUAACCUGAAACAUUCCAAAAUGAAUUAACUGUCAGUUUCAACUGCAGAUGUCGAAAAGGGUUGCCAUUAAACCGCUGGGACUCAAGAGAUCUUGCAUUGUGCUGUAGUUUCAGGAGAUUUGCUAUUGAUGCAGCGGGCAAUUGUAUAUUUCAAUCAAAAUACUUAAGUGUUAAGGAGGACUUUUCAGCUUGUUGUCUUUCAUAAAAGGGUACGCUAUUACUCCUGACAAUAUGAACAGUGAUUUAAAUUGCGGUAAGUAAAUAGGCUUAGCACUGUAGCCUGUGCUAAAAA